AUGACCGACCCGCUGCCCUCCUUCCUCCGCACUAGGGCGAUGCUCCUGAUGGAGGAGAUGCAGCAGGCCAACGCGGCGGCCAACUCCGCCGCCACCGCCCUCGUCGCCCAAGCCCGCGGCCCCACCCCUCCAUGCCCCGGCCCUGGCUGCCGCGGUGACGGUCCCGCCCCGGCGCGGGCGCCGGGAAGGGCAAGCAGCCGGCCAAGUAGAAGGGCCGCACCGGCGGCCGCCAGGGUGGAGGCGCCACCCAGGCCACCCAGAACGCCCGCACGCCUGCCCCUGCCGGCCCGUGGGUCUGCUUCUCCCCGGGAGCUGGCCAGUGGCGCGCCCCCUCCUCUGGGCAGGGCAUUCUGGGCCCUCGCCCCCAGGCCUACACCGCUACCGCGCCGUCGACCUCGACGCCAACGUGGGACAACUCGGCUCUCAUCGCCGCCCUCAACAAUCUCGCGCUUCAGCAACGCGGUUGGGUCAUGGACUCAGGCGCGUCCUCGCACAUGA